AUGCAAGUCUCCUGCUUUAACAAUCGUUUUCCUUUUCAACCCCAGUACUCCUUGCAUCAUCAUCAAGAUUCUUCUUUACAAGAAGCUAAUCCUGCAGUUGUGACCUUUGAUAUGACAAAAGAAAAAAUUCGGAAACUAUUCAACAAUGUGGAACUUUCUGUUUCUUCAUAUGACACAGCGUGGGUGGCUAUGGUCCCUUCUCCAAACUCUCCUGAUUCCCCUUGUUUCCCUGAUUGCCUCAACUGGUUGAUGGAAAAUCAGCUUAACGAUGGUUCAUGGGGAGGGGGUCUUCUUCAUCACCAUUCCUCAUUACCUAAAGAUACUCUUGCUUCAACUUUAGCAUGUGUUGUUGCAUUGAAACGAUGGAAUGCUGGAGAACACCAAAUUAACAGAGGUCUAUGUUUCAUCGACUCAAAUUUUGCUUCAGCUACUGACAAGAAUGAUCAACGUUCUCCAUUUGGUUUUGACAUCAUAUUUCCUCGUAUGUUUGAGUAUGCAAAGGACUUGAACAUACACUUUUCUUUACAUCAAAAAGAUUUGAUGAGCGUGAUGCUAUACAAGAGAGAUUUGGAGAUCACAAGAUGUAAUUCACAGGGAAGGGAAGCUUAUUUGGCAUACAUUUCAGAAGGACUUGGAAAUUACUAUGACUUGAAAAUGGUGAAGAAAUACCAGAUGAAGAAUGGAUCUGUUUUGAACUCGCCUUCAGCAACUGCAGCUCUUCUUAUUCAUCAUCAAAAUGCUGGAUGCCUUAAUUAUCUAAGAUCUCUUAUCAGCAAGUUUGGGAAUGCAGUCCCAACAGUUUAUCCUUUUGAUAUAUAUGCACGCCUUUGCAUGGUUGACAAACUUCAAAGUCUGGGAAUCUCACGACAUUUCAGGGUGGAAAUCCAAAAUGUUUUAGAUGAAACAUAUAGAUGUUGGGUGAAGGGAGAUGAACAAAUAUUCAUGGAUAUUGUCACUUGUGCUCUAGCCUUUCGAGUAUUAAGGACUAAUGGAUAUGAAGUUUCCUCUGAUCGAUUGGCUGAAAUUACCAAACAGCCUUUUGAUGACGUGUAUGCAGCGGUUCAAAUGUGUAACGCAUCACAGAUUAUGCAUCAAGAAGAGUUGGCUUUUGGGGAAGCGAAAGAUUUCCUUGACCAAACAAUAUUAAAUGCUUCAAUCUUUUCACUUUUCAGAGCGCCUAGGUUCCCCUUCAAUGCCAGUGUCGAACGCAUCUCUACUAGAAGAAACAUAGAGCAUUACAAUGUCGACACUACAAGAACUUUAAAAACUACAUUUCGUUCAUCAAACAUAAGCAACACGGAUUACAUAAGGUUGGCAGUGGAAGAUUUCAACGCAUGCCAAUCUAUUCAUCGUGUAGAAUUGGAAGGUCUUGAAAGGUGGGUGGUAGAGAAUAGACUCGACAAGCUCAAAUUUGUUAGACAGAGAGCAGCUUACUGUUACUUCUCUGUUGCUUCAACGCUUUCCACCCCUGAGCUAUCUGAUGCUCGUAUUUCAUGGACCAAAAGUAGCAUCCUCACCGGAGUAAUUGAUGACUUCUUUGAUGUUGGAGGCUCCAUGGAUGAGUUGGUGAACCUCAUUCAGUGUGUUGAAAAAUGGCAUGUAAAUGUUGACAACGAUUGUUGUUCGAAUGAGGUCCGCAUUAUAUUUUUAGCACUUAAGGAUGCGGUGAUAUGGAUUGGAGAAGAAGCUUAUAAACGCCAAAAUAGAAGCGUAACAAAUCAUGUUAUUGAAACUUGGUUGAAUUUGAUGCAAAGUAUGUUGAGGGAAGCAAUAUGGUCGAGAGAUAAAUCGGUUCCUACAAUGAAUGAAUAUAUGGAAAAUGGUUAUGUAUCAGUUGCAUUAGGUCCGAUUGUACUUCCAGCUCUUUACUUUGUUGGGCCAAAACUGUCAAAGGAUGUUGUUGAGAGCUCUGAAUAUUAUAACUUGUUUAAGCUAAUGAGUACUCAGGGACGUAUUUUGAAUGAUAUCCAAAGCUAUAAGAGAGAACUAGAGGCGGGAAAACUGAAUGCUGUGACAUUGCACACGAGUGAUGAACAAGAGGCUGUAGAGGAGAUGAAGAAGAUGAUUAACAGCAAGAGGGGACAACUUCUGAAGUUAGUUGUGCAAGUAGAAGGAAGCGUUGUUCCAAGAGCAUGUAAGGAUGUAUUUUGGAGUACAAGCAAUGUGUUAAAUCUCUUUUAUGCUACAGAAGAUGGGUUCACUGGAAAUAGCAUCCUUGAUACUGUUAAGGAAGUCAUUUAUCGACCUGUAUCACCCACCCAAAAAUUAUAUGUGAAGUAG